AUGAGCAUGGUGUCGGCAUUCAGCCCUCUCAUCACUGCGGGGAUAUUUGGAGCGACUCUGUCCUCUGCUCUGGCCUGCCUGGUGUCUGCUCCCAAAGUCUUUCAGUGUCUGUGUAAGGACAAGCUGUACCCUCUUAUCGGCGUCUUUGGCAAAGGGUAUGGCAGGAAUGAUGAACCGCUCCGGGGCUACUUUCUAACGUACAUCAUCGCUGCCUGCUUCAUUCUUAUUGCUGAGUUGAACACCAUCGCUCCCAUCAUCUCCAACUUCUACCUCUGCUCCUACUGUCUGAUCAACUUCAGCUGCUUCCACGCCUCCAUCACCAACUCACCAGGUUGGCGUCCAUCAUUCAGGUUCUACAGUAAGUGGCUGUCUCUGCUGGCCUCUGUGUGUUGUCUGGUCAUCAUGUUCCUGCUCAGCUGGUGGGCGGCCCUCAUUGCCUUUGGCAUCGUCAUUGUGCUUUUGGGAUACACACUCUACAAGAAGCCUGCCGUAAACUGGGGCUCCUCGGUGCAGGCCGGCUCCUACAACAUGGCUCUCACCCAGUGUGUGGCCCUCAACCAGGUGGGGGACCAUGUCAAGAACUACAG